AUUACUUGGAAAUUAGGCUUAAAGAAUUCUGUAUAUUAAACAACUUCUCUUUAUUUUUAUAAUUUGUUAAGAAAUGCAAUUAACUAGUUCACAAAGAAAUUUAAAUAUAAAUUUAAAUAUUCAUAAGUGAUUUUUUCAUAAUUACUAUAUCACAAUUAUAUUAGAUAAUCCGUAAGAUGCAUUUUCAUACAUCGACAUAUUUUCAUUCACAAAACACUGAUUUUUUUCUUGUAAGAAUUUAUUUUAUGAUUGGAUUGUUUUGAAUGAAAUUGGAACAGUUUACUAUUUGCACGUGUAAAUAAUUGUAUGCUACGAGAGGUUAUGUCCGUUGAAGAAAGAAUCUUCAGAGUACCCUAGGUACCUGUUGUGUUUUUAAUCACAUCUACUCAUACCUACAAAACAUUUGUAAAAAUGAGUUUUUCUAUACCAAAACCUUACUAUAUUUAUGCAGCUGGUGUAAGUCUCGUUGGUGGGGCUUAUUUACUCAAUGAUUACAUUAGUGGGCCAGAUUAUGAAGGAGAACAAAACUUAAAAGACAAAGUAGUUAUAGUAACAGGAUCAAAUACUGGCAUUGGUAAAGAAGUAGUACGUAACUUAGCCAAACGUGAAGCUAAAAUCAUUAUGGCAUGCAGAGACAUGGAAAAAUGUGAAGAGGCACGUUCUGAAAUAGUAUUACAAACUCAGAAUAAAUAUAUUUACUGCAGACAAUGUGAUUUGGCAUCUCAGGAAAGUAUAAGACAUUUUGUGAAUCAAUUCAAAACAGAACAUUCAAAACUGCAUAUUCUUAUAAAUAAUGCAGGAAUAAUGAGAUGCCAGAAGAGAUAUACUACAGAAGGAAUUGAAAUGCAACUUGGUGUAAAUCAUAUGGGACACUUUUUACUAACAAAUUUGUUACUAGAUGUUUUAAAAACUUCUGUGCCAGCAAGAGUUGUAAAUGUUUCAAGCGCUGCCCAUUUUAAAGGCACAAUUAAACUGAAAGAUUUAAACAGUGAUAUAAAUUAUGAUCCUGCUAAAGCAUAUAGUCAAAGUAAACUGGCUAAUAUUUUAUUUACUCGAGAAUUAGCAAAUAAAUUGAAAGGAACUGGUAUUGCAGUGAAUGCAGUUCAUCCUGGUAUAGUGAACACAGAAAUAGUUAGACACAUGAAAUUUAACCAAAACUAUUUUUCUAGAUUGUUUAUAAAAUCAUGUAUGUGGUUAUUUGUUAAGACACCAAGAAAAGGAGCACAGACAAUUUUAUAUGUUGCAUUAGAACCGUCUCUGCAAGAUGUAACUGGUGUUUAUUUUAGUAACUGUAAAGUCGCAGAUAUUUCUGAAGAAGCAAAGAACGAUGAUAUUGCUAGAUGGUUGUGGGCUGUUAGUGAAAAAUGGACUGGAUUAAAUCUUGUAUAGUUUCAUUUAAAUUUGAUGUAAAUAAAGUUUCUAGAAAUCGGUAAUACCAAUUUUUUAUUAUGU